GAUUGCUCCUGCGUGCGUGCACAGACGUUUCUCAGUAGCUCUUCCUGCGUGCCCUCCUUCCUCCUCGACGAGUCGUCUUUAUGGGACAUAAUUAGUAUGCCAACGAGUUGAAAAAUGCACGAUAUCGCACACACGGAUAUCUGUUGGAUCUGCAGUUGACAUCAGGAUUGAAAGAAAAAAGACUUAGAGGCUCAGAACCUCCAGCACGGCAGCACCGCGAGAAGUGAAAGUGAAACUUAACCUCAGCCAUUUCAGAAGUGACUGUAGCUGGGAGAGGAAAUGGCCUCCGUAUAGCACUCUGAAGAGGAGUUCUCCUGUUUACGCUGAAACACUCAGGGAUCCUGUUCUCCUGUCAUGGAGUCACAGUGUGUGUGAAGCCUACAGCAGCAGUGUCCAGUCUGCAGGAGAAACAGCCUGUGUGUGUAAAGCCUGUCUACAGCAGCAGUGUCCAGUCUACAGACUGCAGACUUUAACAUCCUGUUUGGUGUGUUGCAGGGGCUGCUGCACUAGACUGAGGAAGGCAAAAUGGCAGCUGGGGGCUCAAACAGCGGUUUUAAACUGGUCAUCCCUGAUCGUGUUGUGAAGUGUAAAGAUGGUGAUGAUGUCACACUGCACUGUCACCUCUCUCCUGAAACCAAUGCUGUUGCCAUGGAGAUCAGGUGGUUUAGACAGACAGACUGUAUCUACCUGUAUAGGAAUGGUCAUGUGAUAGAGGGGAGGGGCUAUGAGGGCAGAGUGAGUGUGGACCCCCAGCAGCUGCAGAGAGGAGACGUGUCUCUCACACUGAGGAGGAGCAGAUGGAGAGAUGAUGAUGAUAGAGGAGUGUACACAUGCCAGGUCAUCAGUGGAGGACACCAGGAGGAGGGAAGAGUCAGGUUGAGGAUCUACAAUACUGCAGUAGUUGCUGUAAUGGCUGCUCAACAUGGCAUUGAUUGGGAUGCUGCUACAGUAGAUUGGACUGGUCCCAGUGAUUGGGAUGGGCUGAGGGAGAUCACUGCUGCAGAGAGGAAGGAAAUGGAGGAAUCUGUCCAGUCUCUGGCUCUCCCUGCAUGGCUGAAGGCAACUGAUGAGUUAAUGGAGAAAAACAGACAACUGGAGGAAAACAAGGAGACAAUGGAGGAGAAAGACUUGGAAAUGGAGAAGAUGAACCUGCAGUUAGAGGAGAAGAACAGAGAGAUGGAGAAGAUGAACCUGCAGCUAGAGGAGAAGAACAGAGAGAUGGAGAAGAUGAACCUGCAGCUAGAGGAGAAGAACAGAGAGAUAACUGAGAGAAACAAAAAUCUAGAAGAGGGCAGGAAGGCUCUUCAGGAGAAAGACAAACAACUGAAAGAUAAAGAUGUGGAAAUAGAGGAGAGGAAAAGACUUGUACAUGAGAGAGACAAACAGAUAGUAGAGAGAGAAAACAAAAUCAAGGAGAGAGACAAGAGGAUAGAGGAGAGUGAGAACAACUCCCAGGAGAAAACCAAACAAUUAGAGAUGAAAGACAAACUACUGCAGGGAAAGGACUUGCAGAUUAAAGAUGGAGAAAAUAAUCUCAAGGAGAAGAUGCAACUUCUGGAGGAGAGCAAAAAGAGACUGAUGGAGAGAGAGAAGAUGCUGGAGGACAAGAAAAGAGAGAUGGAGAAGAUGUUAAAACAACUAGAGGAGAACAAGAAAGAGGGGGACAAGAUGACACAACAGCUAGAAGAGAAGAACAAAGGCAUGGAGAAGAUGAACCGACAACUUGAUGAGAAGAAUAAACUCCUCCAUCAAAGAGACACAGAACUGGGGAACAUGACUACACGAGAGAGGGAGAGAGAGAGAUUACUGGAGAACAUGACUACACAAGAGAGGGAGAGAGAGAGUUUACUGGAGAACAUGACUACACGAGAGAGGGAGAGAGAGAGUUUACUGGAGAACAUGACCUGUGAGGUGGAGACCACUAAAAGACAACUGGAGUCACUGGAGAAGGAACUGCAGGACAGGAACAGCCAACUACAGGACCUGAGAACCCAACUGCAGGAACAAGAGAGGGAGCUGGAGGAGAGAAACAAACAACUGGAGGAGAGGGAGGAAGAUCCUGAUCCUCCUCCCAUCAGGAGAAGACGGAGUAUGGAUUAUCCUCCACUCAUGGGAGGAGAGAGUCCUGGUCCAGCCCCCCCAGUGUCUCCUGCUGUGUCUGAGCUGAGGCUGGUGCUGCUGGGGGGGAGCACAGCUGGGAAGAGGGCAGCAGGAAACACCAUCCUGGGCACACACACACUCACACACACAUCCACAGAGACCCAGCACAGUGAGAGCAGACAGGGGGAGGUGGCUGGGAGACGGGUGACCGUGGUGGACACUCCAGACUGGUUCUGCAGUGGACUCUCUGAGAAGGACAUGAGGCAGGACGUGGGGCUUUGUGUCCGUCUGUCUGCCCCAGGACCUCACGCCUUCCUCCUGCUGAUUCCAGUGGAGCCGUCUGAAGGGGAGGAGAGGAGGAUGCUGGAGAAAAUGGAGGAUAUUUUUGGGGAGGGCUGUUGGGGACACACACUGAUCCUCUUCACCCAUGCUGAGGGGCUGAGAGAGAGGAGUGUGGAGGAGUUGCUCCAGACAGGGAGCCAGGAGCUCCAGCAGCUGGUAGAGAAAUGUGGGAACAGGUGUCACCUUCUCAACGUUAAGGACAGGCCUGAUGACACUAACAUCACACAGCUGCUAGAGAAGAUAGAAGAGAUGGUGUCAGGAAACAGAGAGAGAUUCUACAGCAGUGAGACCUACCAGGAGGCAGAGAGACAGCUCAGAGAGAUAGAGAGAAGGAUGCAGAAAGAACGAGAGGUGGAGGAGAGGAAACUGAGGGAGGAGAGAGAGAGAAGAGAGGAACAUGAUAAAAAUGUGCAGGACUCUCUGAAGAAGAUGGAGGGAGAGAUUCAGCAGCAUGAAACAGAAAUCAGGACAUUGAGUGAGAAAACAACAGAACUGGAGAGAAAGAUGAAAGAAGAGAGGGAUGAGGAGAAGAAGAGAGAGAUAGAGCGAGAACUGAAUAAAGAGAUUGCACUGAGAGAAGAGAUGGAGAGAAAGCUGAGCAGAGUGAGAGAAAAGAGAGAAAGAGAGAAGAGAGAGAUGGAGGAGAGACACAGAGAGGAGAUGGAGGAGAUGAGAGAGAGCUAUGAGAGAGAGGCCAGGACUGAAGCAGAGAGAAACCUCAUGAAGAUCAUCCUGCCUCAACUACAGAGAAACAUCAGCAUCAGCAAGGAGAAGAUGGAGGCAGAGUUCAACAGACAGCUGCAGGAGAAGAACAGAGAGAUGGAGGAGAAGAACAGACAGGUGGAGGAGAAGAACAGACAGAUGAAGAGGAAUGAGACAGAGAUUGGAGCCAUGAUGCAGACUAUAGAGAAGCUUCGAGACCUAGUAGAACAGGCUCAUAUGACACCAGUGUCAUAAUCAUGUGUUGGGGAGAGAGAUAGAACAGGAGAGCAGAGAGAUAGAACAGGAGAUAGAACAGGAGAGCAGAGAUAGAACAGGACAGCAGAGAUAGAACAGAAGAGCAGAGAUGGAACAGAACAUAGAACAGAAGA